UCUUCCCGGACCGGGACACGAACCCGCGUGCCCUGCACCGGCAGGCGGACUCCCAACCACUGCGCCACCAGGGAAGCCUCCUCCCUUGACUUUUAAAGACAAAAAAAUGAUAUGGUUAAGUUAUCCUUUUGCUGUAUGUCAUUAUUUUUCACAGACCUUCAACUCUUCUUAGAAAGCUUUUGGUGAAUCUUGGGGAUAAGCAGGAGCAGAGACACAUUUCUGAGGGCUUGGUAUAGUGUGUAGGGCAACUAUUUGAUGCCUAUUUUUCCCAGCUCUUUCCUAUAUUCCUUAGUUGCCUUGGGAUGACUGUUUGCCUGUAUGCUUGAGGGCAGGCAGGGGCCUUGUGUGUGAACACACAGCUGCCAGCCUGUGUGGAUGUCUCGGUUUCAUAUCUGCAUUUAUAAUAUUGUAUUUAACUAAGGUCUGUUGAAUUUUAUAACUUUCUUUUUUUUUCAAAAAUAGAAACCCAUUUUCUUUCCUCUUAAUUUAGCGUCGGUACAUUCUCACGAGACAGUGAUAUAGCGCGGCUGUCAUAAGCCCUGCGUGGUCCAAAAGUCCAGUAGGAAUAAAUGUAAUGACACGUGUCUGAAGUCUGCUCCUAUACAUAUUUAUACAUAUUAAAGAGCUGUUCAUGAAUAAUUUUCCUGGGGGGUAUUGAGCAAGUAAAAAAUCAUGGCUGUAAAUAUUUUGCUUGUGAUUUUGUAUGACUUAUUUUUUGGUAUCUUUUUGUGAGAGAUACUGACAAGUCUUUCCGACUGUAAAUCUUAGGGAAUACCAUCAACCACCCAGAGGGGAGGUUCACCAUCGUAUGUCACAGAUUUGACUUGAAUCAUCUUGAGACUCUGUUACCAACACUUGCUCUAGAUUGAGAAACUGAGGAUGAGACUUUGGGUCCUGGUAAUUCUAACGAUUCUCAUACCUUCCACAUCAGCUACAUUUAGCAAAUCAUCCUGGGGCCUGGAAAAUGAGGCUUUGAUUGUGAGAUGUCCCAGACAAGAAAAAUCUCGAUACCCUGUGGUCUGGUAUUACUCAAAAACCAACAAACGCAUUACCACCCAGAGAAGGAGUCAUGUAGUUGCCUCAGGGGAACGCCUUAAAUUUCUCCCAGCCAAAGUCGACGAUUCUGGAUUUUAUACUUGCAUUAUCAGAAGUCCUACCUCCAAUAAGACUGGAUAUGUGAAUGUCACCAUUUAUAAAAAACAACCAGGCUGUGAUAUUCCAGACUUUCUGAUAUAUUCAACAACAUCUGGAUCAGGAAAAAAUUCCAAAGUAUAUUGUCCUACGAUUGACCUCUACAAUUGGACAGCGCCUGUGGAGUGGUUUAAGAAUUGUGAAGUUCUUCAAGGAUCCAGGUACCGAGCACACAAGUCAUUUUUGCUGAUUGACAAUGCAGACAGCAAGGACACCGGUGAUUAUACAUGUAAAUUUAUGCACAAUGAAAAUGGAGUCAAUUAUACUGUGACGGCAACCAGGUCAUUCACAGUUAUUGAUAAGCAAAGCUUUUCUUUGCUUCCAGUAAUUAUUUCCCCUCUACAGAAUGAAACAAAGGAAGUGGAAAUUGGAAAACCAGCAAACCUAAGUUGCUCUGCUUGCUUUGGGAAAGGCUCUCAGACCAUGGCUGACAUCCUGUGGCAGGUUAACAGAAGCAGCGUUGAGAACAUCGGUGAAGCAAGAAUACAAGUGUUGCAAGAGCAAAAUCAAAGUUCUCCCAGUGAGCUGACUUGCCUCAACGCCGUGUUAAGAAUAGUGGAUGUAAAAGAAGAGGAUUUAUCACUGAAGUACGACUGUCUGGCCAUGAACUUCCGUGGCCUGAUCAUGCACACCGUAAGACUAAGGAGGAAAAAUCCAAUGGAUCAACAAGGCACCUACUACAUGCUUGCAGGAUUUAGCAUAUUACUCUUGCUAAUCAAUGUCUUGGUGAUAAUUCUAAAAACGUUCUGGAUUGAGAUUAUUCUGCUCUGGAGAGACAUAGCUAGACCUCACAAAACUAGGAACGAUGGGAAGACCUAUGAUGCUUAUGUGAUCUAUCCACGGAACUGCAGAAACAGUCCAGAGGGGGCCAGCUCUGUGGAGUGCUUUGUUCACCAGAUUCUGCCUGACGUCCUUGAAAAUAAAUGUGGCUACGACUUAUACAUUUACGGGAGAGAUGUGAUCCCUGGAGAAGAUGUAGCCACCACAGUGGAAACCAGCAUCCAGAAGAGCAGGCGUCACAUCUUCAUCCUGACUCCGGAGGUCGUGCACAGCGAGGAGUUUGCCUACGAGUGGGAGAUCGCCUUGCACAAUACCCUCAUCCAGAACGACUGCAAGGCCAUCCUUAUUGAAAUGGAGGCUCUGUGCCCGCCCAGCGGACUGCAGCUUGGGGAGCUUCAGGACUCCCUCAAGCAUCUGGUCAAAGUGCAGGGGACCAUCAAGUGGAGGGAGGACCUCGUGGUCAACAAACAGUCCCUGAAUUCCAAGUUCUGGAAGCACAUAAGGUACCACAUGCCGGUGCCAAGCAAACGUCCAAGAAAGACUCCCCGCUGGGCAUCCUCGAGCGCCAGGGGCAGUAGUGUUUGCUUUGAUGGCUAACGCACUGCGUUUGCGCGAUCCAAAUCCCUCCCAGCUGGGUCACGCUACUGUACCAGACCCUGGGGGAGGCGGCUCCAGAAAUGGGAGUGUCGAGGGCAUUCAGACCUCAGGUUUCAGGUACUGACUUCACUUCCACGUCCCUGGUUCUGGCUGGAUGCAAAAUACCCCGAGAUUUUCAGCCUCAAGCUCCCUGUCUCCACCUCACAUCCCCUCCCCCGUCUCCCGUGGCUGGUCCUUCUCCAUCGUGGCCGAGCAUCUUCUCACCACUCUUCCUCUCUCUCUCUCGUUCUCCGUCUCCUUAUUCUUUGUCAAUAUUCUACAUUUUGAACAUCAAACUGAAAGUUUUAGAGUUAAAUUUUCAUGUGAUUUUGAACACUCAGAUCCCGUCAAGCAGAACGCUGGUACUAAAUCUUGUUCCCAAUGCCAGGAUGUGUUAGAUUUUAUUUGAUCAAAUGCUUAAGUUUUAUAAUAUCAAUACUGUCCAUUUGGUUGGAGUACCUUA